GCAACUCAGUGUCUGUCGGCUUUUGCUUCUGCUUCUGCUUCUGGUUCUGGUUCGCCUUCCUAGUUCCUACCCCCACCAGCAAGCAGCAGCUGAGGUGAGGUCCGUGGCGUUGGAGUGAGGACUGAGGAGGAAGAAGAGGGCGGGAUCUAGGGUACCGGAUGCGCUGGCUGUGCUGAGUGAGAGUAGAGAUGAGCGCGUCUCGGUUCAUCAAGUGCGUCACCGUGGGGGACGGCGCCGUGGGCAAGACCUGCAUGCUCAUCUCCUACACCUCCAACACCUUCCCCACGGACUAUGUUCCAACUGUUUUUGAUAACUUCAGUGCAAAUGUUGUGGUCGAUGGGAGCACUGUGAACUUGGGGUUGUGGGAUACAGCAGGACAAGAGGACUACAAUAGGCUACGCCCGUUGAGCUAUCGUGGCGCUGAUGUUUUCCUGCUGGCCUUUUCUCUGAUCAGCAAAGCAAGCUAUGAGAAUGUUUCUAAAAAGUGGAUACCUGAAUUAAGGCAUUAUGCUCCUGGUGUGCCAAUAAUUCUCGUUGGAACAAAGCUUGAUCUGCGGGAUGAUAAGCAAUUUUUCGUAGAUCACCCUGGUGCUGUACCUAUUUCCACUGCUCAGGGCGAAGAGCUGAGGAAACUCAUUGGUGCAGCGGCAUACAUUGAAUGCAGUUCAAAAACACAGCAAAACAUCAAGGCAGUUUUCGAUGCUGCGAUUAAGGUGGUUCUCCAGCCUCCAAAGCAAAAGAAGAAGAAGAAAAAGGCGCAGAAAGGAUGUGCCAUCUUGUAAUUAAAUGGUAGACAGUGCAGUGCAGAUCGAUGUAUCCCUUCAUUUGUAGCCUCUGGCUUCAAUCGUCGCUUGUUUGUAUAAUUACGCUAGAUGCCACCGGCAGAAGAUAUAAUAUAGUCCUCCUGCCUUUGUGGUGUUGGUCUCUAAGGUCGUCCAGACUCCAGAGUCCAGACGCAUUUGGUUUCUUUUGUUCUAUCUAUAAUCAAUCUAUCUAUAUCUGCUAGUGUUGUGCUUCUGCUA